UUGGCUGUUGGAUACUUUGGCUUUGGAUGGCUCUCUUCCUACUUCCUGCCGCCACUCCCAUGACAGUCACAGCCAAGUCAGAUAAUUUGUGUCCUGAACUGACAGCAGAUGGACAACAGUUUAUACAAAUCAGUAGAGAGAACCUCCCUAUUUCAGGUUUUGAUUUGGGAGGUAGCUUUUCUCUGAGGAAAGUGUCCUGUGGAGAUGAAAAAACUUGUUUUAAACUGGGAAAUGCACUUCUUAUUAGAGAUACUCAGAAGAUAUUUCCCAAAGGACUUCCAGAAGAAUAUUCCAUAACAGCCAUAUUCCGUGUGCGACGAAGCACCAAAAAGGAACGAUGGUUUCUGUGGCAAUUGUUAGAUCAUCGUAAUGUACCACAGGUAUCUAUAAUAAUUGAUGGCACAAAAAAGGUGGUGGAAGUGAUGGCCUUUCGUCAGGGAGAAAUGCUGCACUACGUUUUUAGAAGUCGAGAAAUUUACUCUCUAUUUGACCGGCAAUGGCAUAAGCUUGGCCUCAGCAUGCAGUCCAGGAUCCUUUCCCUCUAUGUAGAUUGUAAUUUAGUUGAGAGAAGGCAGACAGAUGAAAAGGACUCCAUUGACUUUCAUGGCAGAACUGUCAUUGCUGCCCGGGCUUCAGAUGGCAAACCUGUAGAUAUUGAACUUCAUCGCCUUCAAGUUUAUUGUAACCCAAACUUUGUAGCCCAAGAGAUGUGCUGUGAAAUAUCAGAUGCUAAGUGCCCACAGCAGGACAGCUUUGGAACUACGGCUUCAUUGAUGGCAACUGCUCAUGCCAGUAAAAUUUCUGCACAUCUGCUGGCAAAGCCGGAACUUGCUGAACGAUGCCAGUGCAUUCCUAACAAGGGAGAAGCAGGAUUGCCUGGAGCUGCUGGCUUGCCUGGUCCUAAGGGUGACAAAGGGGAGCAGGGUGAAGAUGGUUUACUUGGUGCCCCUGGACCACCUGGUCAAAAGGGAGAACAUGGUUUUGAAGGAAGAAAAGGAGAAGUUGGUGAGAAGGGUGAACAGGGACAAAAGGGAGAUCCAGGACUGGAUGGCAUUCGUGGAAAAGAUGGUUUGAAAGGUGACUUGGGUCCUCCAGGUCCUCGUGGCCAGAAAGGAGAAAAGGGAGAAACGGGACCUCCAGGACCACCAACCUUAAUCGGUUCCUUAGGACUAGAAGGUCCCCAAGGUCCACCUGGGAAAGAAGGUCAAAGGGGAAGGCGAGGGAAAACAGGACCCCCUGGAAAACCAGGACCACCGGGACCUCCUGGUCCUCCUGGAAAACAAGGAAGACAAUAUACUCUUGGAGGAUAUUAUAACAAGGGAAACCUCAGUGAGAAUGGAGCAAGUGUCCCUAGAGGAGAAAAGGGUGAAACUGGACAGCCUGGAUUUCCAGGAUCAGUUGGUCCUAAAGGACAAAAGGGAGAAAUGGAAGAACCUUUUACAAAGAGAAGAAAAGGAGAUUCAUUAAAAACUGGGAUAAAAGGAUCACCAGGAGUGAAGGGUGAACCUGGAGAUUCUGGUCCCCCUGGACUUGUAGGAAAUCCAGGAAUUAAGGGUCAGCAAGGACCAGCAGGCUCCGUAGGACCCAGAGGACCCCCAGCAAAUAUUGGAUUACCAGGAGAACAUGGUAUUCCAGGAAAACAAGGCAUUAAAGGAGAAAAGGGAGACCCUGGUGGAAUUAUAGGGCCUCCUGGACAUCCAGGUCCAAAAGGUGAGGCAGGUCCCCCAGGUAUAAGCCUGCCUGGUGAACCAGGCUUGAAUGGAAUUCCAGGGACACCUGGUCCACGAGGGCCAAAGGGUGAAAGAGGACUGCCAGGUGUUCAUGGACUCCCUGGUGACAUCGGACCUCCAGGAAUGGGAAUUCCUGGCCAACCAGGAUCCAGAGGACCCUCUGGAGAGCCAGGUAUUCAGGGUCCUAGAGGCCUCCCUGGGUUACCGGGAACUCCAGGGACUGAUGGAGCUCCAGGGAGAGAUGGGAAGCCAGGGAUGCCAGGUCCCCCAGGUGACCCUAUCGCACUUCCUCUUUUGGGAGAUAUUGGUGCUAUGUUGAAGAAUGUUUGCGGCAGCUGUCAUCCUAGUAUUCCGGGGUUGAAAAUUGCCAAAGGAGAGGAAAGAGGAGCUGGGGAACCUGGAAGAAAUUAUUAUGUAGCAGGGAAGGGUGAUACGGGGCCAAGAGGCCCUCCAGGAAUCCCUGGCAGAGAAGGACCAAAGGGAAGCAAAGGUGAGCGUGGAUAUUCUGGAUUACCUGGUGAGAAGGGUGAUGAGGGUCUUCAAGGAAGUCCAGGCACUCCAGGAGCCCCAGGACCUAUUGGACCUGCUGGCUCAUUGGGAAGAACUGGACAUCCUGGUCCUCCUGGAGCAAAAGGUGAAAAGGGCAAUGAAGGAUCACCUGGAAAACCCGGACCACCUGGACCUCCUAGUAUGCCACUCAGUGAAGGGAAUGGAAUGAGCAGUUUAUAUAAACUCCAGGGAGGUGGAAGUGUUGCUACUUAUCCUGGGCCCCCUGGUCCUUCAGGUCCAAAAGGAGAUCCUGGUGCAAUGGGAGAACCUGGACCCAUGGGGCUCCCAGGACUAGAAGGAUUUCCAGGUAUAAAGGGAGAUCGAGGCCCAGCUGGUUCACCAGGAAUAGCAGGAAUACCGGGAAAGUCAGGAGCCCCAGGGCCUCCAGGAGUGCCAGGAGAACCAGGUGAAAGAGGGCCUAUUGGAGAUAUUGGCUUCCCUGGGCCUGAGGGACCUGCAGGAAAACCAGGAAUAAAUGGAAAAGAUGGAUCACCAGGUCCUCAGGGCCCAAUGGGCAAGCCUGGAGACAGAGGACCCAAAGGAGAACGUGGUGAUCAAGGAAUACCAGGAGACAGAGGGCCACAGGGUGAAAGAGGAAAACCAGGCCUUCCAGGAGUGAAGGGGAUCAUAGGUCCCAUGGGACCCCCAGGAAAUAAAGGCUCUCCAGGAACUCCUGGCUACCAAGGGCCUCCAGGUUCUCCAGGGACCCCUGGAAUUCCGGCUGAUGCAGUUUCAUUUGAAGAAAUAAAAAAAUACAUAAAUCAAGAGGUCCUGAGGAUUUUUGAAGAGAGGAUGGCUGUAUUCCUCUCCCAGAUGAAGCUACCUGCUGCGAUGCUCUCUGCCCAAGGUCAUGGAAAACCAGGGCCACCAGGCAAAGAUGGAUUACCAGGCCCACCAGGAGAUCCUGGUCCCCGAGGUUACAGAGGACAGAAGGGAGAAAGAGGUGAACCUGGAAUUGGGCUCCCAGGGAAUCCUGGUCUUCCUGGGCCUUCAGCCACUUGUACGCCAGGCACACCCGGUGCUCCAGGGCCUCAGGGUCCCCCCGGACCUAGUGGAAGGUGUAACCCAGAUGAUUGCUCCCAUCCUGUGUCUCAUGCCCAGCCACCAGGACAUGAAAAUGGAAAAUGAGCAGCUUCCUAAGAAUGACCUGACUCCUAGUGAUGGCCUCUACCAAUUGACAAAUCUUUGGAACUUGGUUUGUUUUAAUCAAACAUAUGCUGUCCUGGAGCAGCACUUUUAGAGCAUUUAAGCCAAAUCCUUCGACUCCAGCUUCUGAUGUAGACACUUCUAUACUUUUCCCAAGUCCAUUCCCAAUGAUUUAUUUUAAUUUUA